CAGACUACUGUUUGUCCGAUAUCUCUCCACUACUCCAUCAACUAAUGCACCAGGCUCUACUUGUUACCGAAAUUCUCCUGGACAUAUUUGCACAUGUGAAUCAAAUCCCGAACCCAUCGUCCGCUCUCGAGAAAUCCUUUAAAUUGGCGCGGCAAUCCCUCGCAGCGCUUGCAGUGACAUGCAAAACCUUCCACGAGCCUGCAAUGGAUUUGCUUUGGGCUAACACAGAUGUUCAUUGGGUUGAACCACUUGAACCACUGCUAGGCUGUGUACCGAGGUUACAUCCAAUGAUAUAUCGUAGGGGUGCAACGUACAACUGGUCAGAAGACGUCGAUCCAUUAUCUGAGCACGAGGCUCAUCAAUUUUUGCGUCACGCCGCCCGUGUUCGCUCAUUGCGUAUAUCUUUCCACGUCCAUUUGCACCUUCUAUCAGUCCUCCCCAUAGAGACAUGCGUCUUCCCGAGACUGCGAUCAUUAAUUUGGGAGUCUAACACUGAUAGAAACUUGGGCCUCUUCUUGUCCCAUACAUUGCGGCAUUGUUCUCUAUCGGCCAUCAAUGAAAGUCUCAAAUGUAUUGUGACCCGUUCUACUGCUUUGAUGGACUUAUCGAUCAGGUGUUUUGAUGAGAGCACAGCAGAUGAGCUCUCCCUGCUGUCUGACAGUAUCUGUUUGUGCAAACAACUUGUAACUCUGUCUUGUCCAUUGCUUGACUGGGCGGCAUUGGUGCACCUCUCCAACCUCCCUACCCUUCGCACAGUUAUCAUUCAUAAGAGGAACAGAGUGCCUCUCCCACUGGAUCUCAAUAAUCUCACUUUCACACCUUUCCUCCACCUCACGACUCUGGCUUUCCAUUUGGACAGGGCUGCAUACAUCAUAACAGUCAUGCAACACUCCGAAUUCCCCUCAUUAAAACAGUUCGAGAUGAUUGUCGAUAUUUUGCCUUGGGCAGAGGCCGAACACCUCUUUUAUGUGCUGUCACAGUGCGCAGCAUGCCAGACCCUGGAAAAAAUCGACAUUCACUCCAUUCGUCAAGGACUUCAUGAGCACAGAAAAUCUUUGACAGUGGUCACACAAUUCCUUUGUUUCACACAGCUCCGAACCUUAAAGCUCAUUCUUCCGUGUUCCAUCUUCCUUGAUGACGACCUUCUUUUGGAAGCCAUGUCAAGUUGGCCGCACAUCCGCUCGCUGGAAAUAGUCGCGGUGGACCCCCCAGCGAUACCUACUGUCACAUUCCGCGGACUAUUCGCGGCACUUCGUCGAUGGCCUCAUUUGCAUACACUGCAGCUAUUAGUGAACGUCGAGAAUAUUGAUAUCGAUCCUACAGCCGAGUCAUUUCAACAUACCACCCUACGAGCAUUGGACUUGAUCACCGCCUCUCACAUAGCAGAUGCUAAAGCUGUUGCUCGUAUCAUUUUUUCCAUGCUUCCUUGCGUCGACAAAGUUAACGAGUUCGCAGUGGAAUGGCAGAAAGUCAACAUGCAUCUCAAAGCUUUCAAAGCUUCUGCGCUGCUUGGCCGCCAGGUCUCAGGAGCCGCUUCGAGAACCUGAGUUUGGGAUACACUCAUGUUCGGUGCAUUAUCCCGCAGUUGUUAUAUUUCUUCAUGAUCAUUCAUGCCCUGUCAUUAUUGUUAUGGUUUCCUUCCACGUUAUCCAUAAUAUGACUAUGGAACCUUCCUGG